UUUGCCGUUUCCACUACAGUUUGUAAAGGACACGCUCGAGCCAUGGACAUAAGCGUUGUAAAUGCUCUCACAUACGACGAUUUCGUGAAAAUAUUCGGUAAUGUGGUUGAGAAAUGCCCGCUCAUCUCGGCUGCAAUAUGGUCACAUCGGCCAUUCAAAGACCUUGCGGACAUCGAGACUCACAUAACGGAAUUCAUUGAGAGUCUAUCCGACUCAGGUAAAGAGGGCAUCUUGCGGUGUCAUCCUGAUUUAGCGGGCAUGGAUCUCCAGAGCGGCACGUUAACACGCGAGUCGCAAGAAGAGCAGAGUCAGGCCGGAUUGACCACACUGGAUUCCGCGGAGAUUCUGCGCAUGUAUCGUCUGAACUCGCAGUACAAGGAGCGCUUUGGAUUCCCUUUUAUCAUCUGCGUCCGUAUGAACAAUAAAGCGGAUAUUCUGCGCCAGCUGUCUGACCGCAUCCAGAAUGAGCGCGCAUUGGAGAGAGAACGAGCCAUCGAAGAGGUUAAAAAAAUCUGCAGUCUCAGGUUGCACAAUGUUGUCCUUUCUGAUAUUCAAACAAAACUGUAACCCCAGCUGAGUUGUGCAAGUAACAAAGGUCCCCUGUUUUUGAUUGCAUAUUGUUGUAAUGUGUCAGUUUUAAAGUAAAUAAACACAAAUAAACAAGUGGCUAAUUAAAAUGCUUCAUUAUACCAUGCAAGGCCUAAGCUUAUAAUUCAAAAAUUUACAAUGUGAUAAUAAUCUCAAUGUCCCUAAAUAUCAUUAAAAGGCCAAUAAAAUACAGUGUGCUUUAAGGAGACGUUUUGUCGGGUCGGCUAAUAAACUUUGGGUCAUAUGAGUGCAGUAAAAUCAUUA